CGUUGGAAGCCGUGGGUAGUGAAGCUUUGUGCAUGCCGAGGUUAGGAAAUGCUGGGAAAGGCGCCUUAAUUUAGGCUGGCAGUUCGGAAGGACGAAUCAGAUGAACAUUUGUAGCCCUCGGAAACAGAAGUCGGAAAACGAUGUUUGACCCGGAACGCCAGUAACGCGUAUAUAGUUCUGCAGCCGGAGACCUUUGGGAAACGCAACUAGCCCUCCAAGAUGGCGGCGUGCGUCUUGCACUAUCUGUGGCAAAGGCAGGUUCCGCAGAUGUUGACUUUAGGAGCAGGCCGGAACGUCCUUCGCCGAGCCUUCGCUCUUCCUGCUUCCAGUUCUGAUUUCCAGAGCGAAUACUGUCUCGACAAACUCUACGGGCAGCAACAAAAAGGCGGGGACGACGGCAGCAACAGCAACACGGAUUUUAAAAAAAAGUGUGUGCCUGAUAUUCCUGUAGAUCGCUUAUCUGUAUCUUAUUGCCGGAGUAGUGGCCCGGGUGGCCAGAAUGUUAACAAAGUGAAUACAAAAGCAGAGGUCCGAUUCCAUUUGGCAUCCGCAGACUGGAUUACAGAAGAUGUGCGACAGAAAAUGGCAGUGAUGCACAAGAAAAAGAUCAGCAAAUCUGGGGAGCUGAUUAUUACCUCUGAAGUGAGCCGCUAUCAGAUGAGGAAUUUGGCAGAUUGCUUGCAAAAACUCAGAGACCUGAUUGCAGAAGCCACUGAGAAUCCUCAAGUUGUAUCCAGAAUAGAUGCACAGAUCAUCAGAGGCAGGGUGGAAAAAAUGAACCGUGAACGUCUCCGACAAAAAAAAAUUCACUCUACUUUAAAGGAGAGCAGGCGUGUGGACUUUGACUGAAUGAAUUUGGAAAAGAGAAGCUGGCUCACUUUCCUCUGUUUCUUGAAGAGAUCAAACCACUUUAACUAGUUCUUUAUGUAGAAGCAAAACAUGCAACACAGCUGCUUUUUGUUUUUAAUGUAAUGGACAGUUAUCUUCAAUAAAACUUUUAAUAUUGCUCUUGGAAUACAAAGAGGCAAUCUGAACUCUACCACAGUGACAUAACAUCUCUGACAGUGAUUAAAUUUC